GAAAUAAAGCUUCCUUGGUUUCUGGCAAGCAAGAGGUUUUUAGGUUUCGCAAAUCCAUGACGACUCGAAUCGCUCCCGGAGUCGGAGCCAAUUUGCUCGGCCAACACUCUGCCGAGCGAAACCAAGACGCAACCGCCUAUGUUGGCAAUCUCGAUCCACAGGUUACAGAAGAGUUACUGUGGGAGUUGUUUGUUCAAGCUGGUCCUGUUGUUAAUGUGUAUGUUCCAAAAGAUAGAGUGACAAACCUUCAUCAAGGAUAUGGAUUUGUAGAGUUCCGAAGUGAAGAAGAUGCUGAUUAUGCAAUUAAGGUGCUCAACAUGAUUAAGCUCUAUGGGAAGCCAAUACGUGUGAACAAGGCAUCCCAAGAUAAAAAGAGCUUAGAUGUGGGGGCAAACCUUUUUAUUGGAAACCUUGAUCCUGAUGUGGAUGAAAAACUACUUUAUGAUACUUUUAGUGCAUUUGGAGUCAUUGUUACAAAUCCCAAGAUUAUGAGGGAUCCUGAUACUGGAAAUUCCCGUGGUUUUGGUUUCAUAAGCUAUGAUUCUUUUGAGGCAUCUGAUGCGGCUAUUGAGGCAAUGAAUGGCCAGUACCUUUGUAACCGUCAAAUCACUGUCUCAUAUGCAUAUAAGAAAGACACUAAAGGAGAACGCCAUGGUACCCCAGCAGAGAGAAUUUUGGCAGCAAAUAAUCCAGGUGCCCAGAAGAGUAGACCACACACUUUGUUUGCCAGUGGUCCUCCUUCGCUUCAAAAUGUUCAGGCCAAUGGUGUUGUUGGUGGAGCCAUGCCUCCUCGGCCUUUUGCCAAUGGUGCUGCUCCUGGACCUAUUCCAGCUGUUCGUCCAGCACCACCACCACCCCAAGCUGGAGCCUUCCCAUCCAUUCAGGUAGCUGGACAAGCAGUAUGGCAGGGUCAGCCUCCGCAAUUAGGUCAAGGAGUACCGCAACAAAUUCUGCCUCCGCCAUCAAUGCUGUACAGGCCACCUCCACCAAACAUGCCACCACCUCCACAGGUACUGUCAAUGCAUCAAAGGCCACCUCCUCCACCAAUGGGAAUGGGUGGUCAACCACCUGUCUGGCAGCCACCACCACCCCUGCAGCAACAGCUUGGAAGACCCCCAAUGCAACAUAUGGGAAUGGCACCACCGCCUCCACCCAGUGUCCCUCCAGCACCUCCAAGUUGAAACUCGAGAACUAUCUCUAAAGCUACUGAUGACAAAUGUUUUUUAGCCUGUAUUUCGAAUAUUGCUGAUUGUGGAACCUUUUUGUUAGAAUGAAAUACUGAUGGUUAUAUGCA